AUGGGCGAAGGAGAAGACGGCGACAAGGACACCCGGAGGAAGAGUAUUAGGAUGAAACCCUUGCCGUCACCAACCUCCAGAGGAAGCUUCAAAGGCAUCGGGGAGACCAGAAGUGGGGACACAGUGAUCAUGGAGACGGACAUUGGGAGACCAACGAAGACCAGUUUAAACGGAGAUUGUCGGAGAUUUCGUGGCAGUCUCUCCUCCAUCACCAGUCGGCAUGUGCACGACUCAGACUCGGCGGAGGAGAGGCACCUCAUCACAGAGGGGGACGUCACCCCGAGCGAGGAGAGCCCUCCCGGAGCUAUUGGCGGUGGGGCGGACCAAGGUGCGCAAGGCGCCAGUGGUGGUGGUGCUGGUGGUGCCCAACAUGCUUCUCUUGACCAGGAAUCAGGGUUCAUAAAGUUGGAUGGCAUUGAUCAAAUUUCCCCGGACGACGAGAGAUUGUACCAGGCAGGAUUCAUACACAGGCAGUUUGGGGCAAUGCUGCAACCGGGGGUCAACAAGUUCUCCCUGAGGAUGUUUGGGAGCGAAAAGGCAGUGGAACGGGAACAGGAGCGGACAGGCAGCACAGUGAUCUCAGAGGCCAUUGGAAUGUUCAUCUCCACUGAGAGGCAUCACAGCAAAGCAACCAUCAACAUUGUGCUGCUGGAGUUGACUAUACUGCUACUGAUAGUGGGGAACCCGAUCAACAUCCCUAUGUGGUUCCUCAUGUUCUCUCCCAGGUUCUACUGGGACCUGACCAUGCUGCUGCUGAUGGUGGGGAACCUGAUCGUCAUCCCGGUGGGCAUCACCUUCUUCAAAGACGAACACACGCCCCCCUGGAUCAUCUUCAACGUGAUCUCAGACACCUUCUUCCUCAUGGACCUGGUGCUCAACUUCCGCACUGGCAUCGUCAAGGAGGACAACACCGAGAUCAUCCUGGACCCACAACAGAUUAAGAUCAAGUACCUGAGGAGCUGGUUCGUGGUGGACUUCAUCUCCUCUAUACCUGUGGACUACAUCUUCCUCAUCGUGGAGACACGCAUCGACUCAGACUUCUACAAGACGGCCCGGGCGCUGAGGAUCGUCCGCUUCACCAAGAUCCUCAGCCUGCUCAGACUGCUCAGGCUGUCCAGGCUCAUCAGAUACAUCCACCAGUGGGAGGAGAUCUUCCAUAUGACCUAUGACCUGGCCAGUGCCAUGGUGCGUAUCGUCAACCUGAUUGGUAUGAUGCUGCUGCUAUGCCACUGGGACGGAUGUCUGCAGUUCCUGGUUCCCAUGCUGCAGGACUUCCCCCAGGACUGCUGGGUGUCCAAAAACAAAAUGGUGAACGACACAUGGGGCCAGCAGUACUCCUACGCCCUGUUCAAAGCCAUGAGCCACAUGCUGUGUAUCGGGUACGGCAUGUACCCACCUGUGGGCAUGACGGACGUGUGGCUCACCAUCCUCAGCAUGAUCGUGGGCGCCACCUGCUAUGCCAUGUUCGUGGGUCACGCCACCGCACUCAUCCAGUCUCUGGACUCCUCCCGUCGGCAGUACCAGGAGAAGUACAAACAGGUGGAGCAGUACAUGUCCUUCCACAAGCUGCCGGCUGAUAUGAGGCAGAGGAUCCAUGACUACUACGAGCAUCGCUACCAAGGCAAGAUGUUUGAUGAGGAGAGCAUCCUGGGAGAACUCAACGAGCCACUCAGAGAGGAAAUCAUUAACUUUAACUGUCGAAAGCUGGUGGCUUCCAUGCCACUGUUUGCCAACGCGGACCCCAACUUUGUGACCUCCAUGCUGACCAAGCUGCGCUUCGAGGUGUUCCAGCCCGGAGACUACAUCAUCAGAGAGGGCACCAUCGGCAAGAAGAUGUACUUCAUCCAGCACGGAGUGGUCAGCGUUCUCACCAAGGGCAACAAGGAAACCAAGCUCUCAGACGGAUCCUACUUCGGGGAGAUCUGUCUGUUGACGCGGGGUAGAAGAACAGCCAGCGUCAGAGCAGACACCUACUGCCGUCUGUACUCUCUGUCUGUGGACAACUUCAACGAGGUCCUGGAAGAGUACCCCAUGAUGAGACGGGCCUUCGAGACCGUGGCUCUGGACCGGCUGGACCGCAUAGGGAAGAAGAACUCCCUCCUGCAGCACAAGGUGCAGCAUGACCUGAGCUCCGGCGUUCUCAACUACCAGGAGAACGAGAUCAUCCAGCAGAUUGUGCAGCAUGACAGAGACAUGGCCACCUGCGCCCACCUCCUCCAGAACAUUCCUCCACCUCAGCCCCCGUCUCCGGGGCACACCCCCGUCAUCUGGGCUCCCCUCAUCCAGGCACCCCUGCAGGCUGCUGCCGCCACCACCUCUGUGGCCAUCGCCUUGACGCACCACCCCCACCUCCCACACCUCCCCGCCGCACUCUUCCGCCCACCGGUCACGGUCCUGGGCUCCAGGAACCUCCAGGACCCUCCCCCCGGCCGGCUGAAGAAGUUCCACACGUCGGCGCCCACCUCCUUCAUGGGACCUGACUCCCCCUCCAGCACCCCAUCUAAACUGCACUGCUCUGGGAUGGACACAGCCCUGCUGGCCUCCUUCCGGGCCCACCACACGACUCAGGGGUCAGGGGCAGCCAGCUCCAGUCAGCAGGCAUCCAGCAGCAGUGGAACCCAGCCUGGGCCUAGUGGGGCCUCCGCCUUUCCCUUUGGGCCUUUCUCCUCCUCCGGGGGCUCUCCUUCCCACAGCACGGCCCAGCUCCAUUCACAGCCCCAGACGCAGCAGCCAUUCCGCUGCACCACCCCGCCUCUCGCUGCCCUCUUCCAGCAGGGAGCUGUGGGGGGAGCAGGGAUGGGUGGAGCAACAGGGGGAGCUACUGGGGGGGCUACAGGUUGGUCUUCAGGAGGCGCUACUGAAGGUGAAGUAGGAGGAGCAAUAGGAGGGGCUGAUGAGAGGGCCACAGGUGGGACAAUAAGAAGGGCCACUGGUUGGGGUAGACGUGGAUCUAUAGAAGGAUAUACCACUGGAGGGCAUAUAGGAGGAGCCACUGUGGGGUACUCAGGGGGGGCUAGUGGUGGGCACAUUAGAGGAACUAGUGGAGGCCAUAUAGGAGCUACUGAUGGAGCAAUGGGAGGGGCAGCUGGAGGGCAUAUAGGAGGGGCAAUGGGAGGGGCUAUAGGUGGAAUGACAAUUGGAGUUCUGGGUACCUCUAGUUCUGGUUGUAGUAUCAGCCCCCAGUCCACUGGUUCAUCCGGCAACAUUCAGUCCUGUCAACUGCUCCACAGCCAGCUGCCCCUAAAUCCUCCACAGGUGGGCUCCCUGCAGCAGUUUGCAGGCGGGGGCAGGACUCCUAGUGCAUUGUACCACUCCCCCCCUCCAGGCUCCCCAUCCUCCUCCUCCACCCAGCAGGCCCCAGAGGGUUCCCCAUCUCCCCUGGCCCAGUUCAGCCUGGCAGGCUUACAGUCUGGACUUCAGUCUGGCCUCCAGUCUGGCCUCCAGUCUGGCCUGGUCCCUCAGCUGUCCCUGGAGAGGUCUGCCCUGGCCUCGUUGGCCCAGUACGGCUCAGCUAAUGGCUCGCCCUGCUACACCCCCUGGGGCCUAGCCCCACUGUCCAAAGCCCAGUCACAGGAAGGACUUUCCACUACAGCGACUCCUCCAGUGCCACUGGGUCCCACAGCUCUCUGCUCAUGCCCCAGACCUCCCUCCCCAGCCAGCAGCACGCAGCCGGCAGUGAGUCUCUGCUGGGGCUGGGCAGCUUCUCUGAGGAUAUGAAACUAUUGUCCUGUUCUAACCCCUCCCUGCCCCAGGAUGUGGCACAGGCCAUGGGAUACUCCUCACUCCCACGUUCCUCACCCUCUCGCAGCUCGCCCCCACGCUCCUCACCCCCUCGCAGCUCGCCUCCACGCUCCUCACCCCCACGCUCCUCCAUGGAGCCAGGAUACUGUCUCUCCUCGCCCUACUCCUCCCCCAUCCUAGUGCCCAAACCCUGUAGCUCGGUGUCAGGACACAUGGCUCCUCCUGUCCCUGCCCAGAUGUCUCCAGGGCACCUGCAGCACCAGACUCAGUCCCCCGUGGCCUCCCCGGCCCUGCCGCCACGGAAAGGCUCGGCAGCCCACUCUGAACUAGAACCUGUCCGCUCCAAACUAACCUCCAAUUUGUGAGCUUUGAUCACACCCUCCCUGGACUAGUACACAAACAAUCUUCCUGUAUGAUGUCAUUCUCUUUUAGGCUUCACUGUGUUCUAAUCGUUAUCAUUUCCACCAUCUUAAUAUUACUGUGAUUUAAAAGAUGACACUUAACCAGGUAACUUCGAGCUCCCUAGACAACUACCCUUUCUUUGUUUUUGUUUUGUCCUUCUCCCUUUUUUAUUCAUACGUAUAUACAUAGAAAUAUAUUUAAAAGAUAUGCUAAUCAAGGGACAGGAGGGUGUGAACAGAAAAUGAUAGCCAUUUAAGAGAUGGUCAUUUCUUUCUUUCUAACUAUGCCAAAUUCAUAUGAUGGGGUUUGGUUUGAUGGUUAGAUGGACAACACAAUAGUACUUUUUUGCAGGAACCUAUGCACUAAUACCUGCAUGUAUAGAUGCUUUUUUUGUGUGUUUUAAAAGAACAGAAUCAACCUUUUCAGUGGAAAAUACAUGCCUCAAUAAGAGCAGACUGACUUAUUUUUUCAUCCCAUACAGGAUCACAUGUUGUUGAUCCUUCAUCAUCUAUUAUCAAUUAGAUGACUUAUUUAUCCACUCUAUAGACUUCACGAAACCUUCCGAGGUGGAGAAGAGAUUUUAGGAAACCAAAAAUCAUUUGCCUCCCCUUUGGCCUGUGUGUUGUUUGUAUUGUCGUAAUAUUGGGGGGUGUUGAGUGGGCUACAGGCCCUCCAUCCCUGUAGUGAGACAGACAUCAAGUAUGAUGUGUUAGUGAUAGGCUUCCUGCAGUGUCCUCAACCCUGUCCUAACAAAUUCACUUUGUCUUCCAAGCUCAUCAUGCCGCAAAUGUUUUGGAUGGACGAGGACAAGUUGAGCCCUGCAAUCUGUGUGCUAGUGGACAGAGUGUGUGCAUUUAUGUGUGUGUGUGUGAUAGUGACUGAGUGUGAGUGUGUGUUUGAGUGAUUGUCUGUGUGUUUAAGAGAGAAAGAGAGCGAGAGUAGUCUCAUGCGGGAGAAGACUAACCAAGGAGGGUUUUGCCUUUUCACAAAACUAGGACUACCAUCCCAGCUUGUGUGUGGAGUUGUGUACCUCCAGGACUCUAGUAAUAUGGAGUGGUAAGAUCUUUUCUAUCAAGCAGCACUUCAACAGGUAUCUGAUAUCAUUACAAUAACAAACGUAAUUGCUUAUGUCCAAAUUGUCUAUUUCCUGUGUGUUUGCUACAUUAUCUGACUGAGAAGUAUGUGUGAUUGAUGGCUCUGAGAGCACUAGUGAGUGUAGUGUUUUCUAGCAUUGAGAGAUUGAAGCACAGCUGCUAGACGGUCAACGUAGACAUUCUCCCACAUUGACUGGCAGUGUUGAGUUGAACAUGUUGAAUGUAUGCGCGUUUCAUUAAUGUUUUAUUUAGAAUAAAUAUGGGUCAUGCAGUUUUACAUCAAGGAGGUACAGACAGAAAGACGGGUUGUGAUGGAAUAAAAAUGGUAGUUGUGGACAAUUUCAUAGACCUGUAUGUUGAGGUUAAUCCCAGCGGACAAGAAUGGUUGAAAUGACUUCAUUUCCAGCUGUAUGCCUGGCUGUGUGUUCUGUAUAGAUAGGUAGCAGUAAUCACCUCUGCUUCUCUCCACAGCCCAUCCCUCUCCUGAUCUCCUGCCCAUCAUAAGGAGCAGCAUGUUACCCUGGGUUCAAGACAGCUGGGUCCAUCUCUAUCUCAGUCACACCACUCAGACACAACACUCUUUUUUAACAACACAGCCCCUGACCUCUGACCCGUGUAGGCCAGCAUGGGCUAGUUGACAGAAGUGCACAGUGACCACACUCUAGUCCCUCAUUACUACCUCCCUCAGCAGGCCUGUAUCAAGGGCUAACCACACACACGCACACACACACACACACACAAACGCACAUGGACAUGCACACACUCAUGCACAUGCAUAGACACACACAAGCCUUGGCAGUCUCCCAGUGCAAAUCGCAGUGUUGAAUUGAAUUAAUUUUAACAGAACAGUAAGAUAUUUAUUAAUUAAAAGGGCUUUUAAAAUGAGUUCUGUUCUCCUAUUGGAGUGAAUGCAGAUCUAAAGUAUCGGUUUUAAAUCGUCUCUCUUUCUCUCCCUCCCUCUGUUUGUUGUUGUUGUUUUACACCUGGUCUUCUUCUGCAGCGAGGCGCUAUAUAUCUGAAAUAUUUAUUCACUAUCUGUGUCUGUCUGGCAUGUGGCACAUGACUCCCUGACAGGCCGGAUUGACGGUGGGAAACCCACAGACAUCACCACGGGGAGGGAUUUAUUCUCUCAGAUAGAACACUCAGCAGCGUGAUUGGCUGGACACAGGGAGGGAACAGGGAAGUGAUCAGCUCCAGCAGGGGAAUAUUCAUGUCUGUAGUGUGUACAGUGCAAUCGUUAAAGAAUGUGACUGCUGGAGCUGCUAAAACACGAAGCCAAUAGACUGCCGUGGCUGUUUCACAUCUGAACAAAAAAACAACAAGAACCUCAACCGGUUUGUUUAUUUUCCACAAUAUGACCUCAUUAAGUCCAAGAGUUGGGAAAUGUGACUACUUUGGAUCGGGGUUGAGGGAGCUAGUGGUUGAGACAGAGGAGUAAAUGUGAGGAGACACUGAUAGAUUGGAGGAAUGACGUGGUUGGACAGACGGUCAGGGCGCUGACAGGUAGACAGCCAGCCCAUGGGGUUCGCAGGCUGACGAGCUGCUUGUUUUCUGGGGGACGUUGAAGGCAUGUCAACCCUGCCUUAUGAUUGUUCCUGAGCGCUGGUGUAGGUUUGUGGGAGGGAGGAGGAUAUUGAUUUGUGGGUAUUUGAGGCAGCUUUUGGGUGUUGCUAAGGUAAUGGUGUGUGUGCCUGUGCGUUUGUACAUGUGUGUCUGUAGGAGAGAUCGCAACCCAGCGUGUUCAGCCCAGCGCCAGGGUCGAUGUCUGGGAGUGGUCGGUGUCUGAAGAUGGGUGGGCAGGGGAGGCACAGGUCAUGGCUUAAAGAGAGAUAGGCACAAGACAGUGAUCGAUUAGCUGGGUCUGGACCUGACCUGGAAGACCUGGGCCAUUAUCACAGAUAAGGAGGUGCAUAGUGUGUCAAUCAUUCCAAUCUGCCGCUGUCAUUCAGGGAGCUGUCAGUGUCCCGUCUGAAUGUACAUGUCUCUCACCUAGGCCACACCUCCCUAACACUGAACUGUCUGGUCUUCCUUUGAUGCUAUUUGUUCUUCAAGUGGAUUUGGUUAUCUUUGGCCAUGUCUACACUUAACACUUACAUGCAACUUCUGCUAUCAGGAUAGGAAGAUCGCAUUGAAAAGAUGGGUCUAGAUGCACAAAAGUCCCAUUGUGGCCCGAUUGUGUUCAGAUCUGCCUGACCACUUCAGGAGGUGGUCAGGGACGUAUUGUGUGCAGAUUUCUCCUCAGUCUGGACACAAUCAGGCUACCGAACGUGCAUACAGGGAGCGACGUCAUCAGCAAUCUGCACACAAGUCUCCAGAAAACGUGUGUUUUGGGUGCGAGAGGCACCUUUUCAUAAUAAUGUUGGAGGAAAUACAUACCUAGCAUGGGAGGAACGUAUUUACUGGCUUCAUAAAUGCUAGCCAGCUAGCUAAAAUAAAAAAAAACACAAUGUUUUGUUUGGCUAGAGUUAUGCUAACCCGUUUGCAAUCGCUUUAGCUUUGCUAGCUAGCUUGCUGGUUAGUUACAGAGGUUAGUUGGCUAGCUACAGUAGUUGGCUACUGCCAUCAAGUUGUUUUGUUAAUAUCAGAUUUAGCCUGUGCAGAAUGUAUACAUUUGCAGAAUGUAUACCGCAUUUGAAUAUAGGGAAAAGGGAACCCAGACACAAUGUGGACACGGUAGACAUUUAAAUGUAGGUGUAGAGGUAUGAGGUGUUCAGAAUUGAUCAGAACUCCAUGAUCAGAAUACAAAAGCUGCAUGAACUGUCAAGUCUAGACAUGGCCUUUGAUUAAUUGCUGCUGAUAAAUGUGUAGCUUUCUAUAGAUUGUCUUUAAGGAUGUCUGUGGGGAACAGAGGCAAACAGAGGCAUACCGACUUCAUGUCCUUGGAGAUUUCAGAGCUCAUCCAUAAAGACCAUCUAUAGUAGACUAUAAAUAGACUUAAUUCUACAAAACAGUGAACCGUGUUUGAAUAUACAGUAGAGCUAUUUCCAUUCCAUUUCCCUUUUACCAUCCAUCCAACAUGGCAAGGUUGAUGUGUUGUGGAAUGCCAGAGAAAGCAUAUGAAGGACAUAAGGUACAGUGAGAGCGUGGCAACUAAAGACUACUCAAUCCAAAUACAAACAACCCCUCCAUUCUGAAUUCAUUUCAGGGUAGGCAGACAUAACCCUUGGAUGUUGUCUUUCUGUAAUUCAGUAAAAACAGACCAAACAAGUUUACUGUAGAAUGGCAGGGUGGAAGUUUGUUCUCUUUCCUUCCUUCUGCCUGCAGAUGUAUGUCAUUGUGUUCACCUCUGUCCAGAUCACUCCAGGGCCUUAGUGUGUUAGCAUGCUCUGGUCCUAUAGCACUAGCCAGGGCUGGAGAGCUGGAGGAAGUGGAGGGAAUGGGAUUCUGUGCUGCUGUUGUAGUGCUUCAUCCCGGACUCUUGUCUGUAUGGAAGACUUGGAGAAGCUUCUCCUGGCAUACCCAGCAGCAUUUCCAAUUCAGGGCGGUCUCUGUAACACAACACAUUUUGAUUCCAUUUGGGCCACUCCCAAUUUCCGAACCUAAUCUUCGCCUCCCCACUUCCCAUUGUGCUGUACUACUGGGCCGUGAAUGUGGGUGGGGGAAUCCAGUGGUGCACACUAAAAGGAAAUCAGCUGCAGUGAUUGAGGAUUAGAGGUAACAGCAGCAGAAUUGAACCUGCUAUUUCGGAGGCUGGGAGGAGAGAAACCGUUGUGUUUACUAGACAUCUUCAUAACUCAUUUAGAACCACAGAUUCAUUCUUAACCUUCAACAAACAAACCAUCCCAGCCUAUGUAGGCAUCUGAGGCAGGGACACAUGUAGCAACAUAUUUCAAAUAGAGAAAUCGAAUGUGGUUAAAACUACUGUUUAUGGCAGGGCCUGAUGCAACUGACCUCUUUUCCACUCUACUCCGGUCAGAUAGAAUAACAUGAAAAUGAUGUGAGUUUAAUCCCUAAGUAUGCUGUUGGGAGCAGUGUUAAGGGUGCAACCCGGAUAUGGCCCAGUUUAGUGAGAGUGUAGCAAAUAUGAGUGCGUCAAAUCAAGGAUGGGUGGUACGCAUGAGUGUGCAAUUCAGAACCACAUCACCUAGCAACACAGAGGCGUCAUGGGUGUUAGUCAAACAAGGCUGCUUUGGAGCAAGACCCUCCAGUUCUCCUCACUGGCCUAGGGGGGAAAGGGCAUACAGUACAUGGAGUGGAGGUGAACCAACCUGCUUCUCUCUCUUACUGUAGCUUUCGUUUUGCUGAACUAUGUAUAUCUCACAUACUCUGAUGAUACUUAGGAUCAUAUGUCAAUGUAUAUUUACGUAUACAGAUUUAUAUAUUUCCAUAGGACCUAUUUAUAUUUCUGUAUUUAUUUUAGAUUCUUAAGUGACGUCAUCAUCACCAUGAUAAAGAUAAGCAAUGUUCACCAAACUGUGUGUAUGUACAGAUUCAUAUCAUCAUUAUGGUUUUUAAAAGAAACACAUUGUUUGCAUUGUAUAAUCUCUUUGACCUUGGUAAUGUGCAGGAGUGGGACAUGACGCGCUACGGUACAUCACUUUCUAUCAGAUGGCUUUGUUCUGUUUUGUAACCGCAGUGACAGUCCCACAGCUCUCACACAGACACAUCUCUGCGGAGGACAGUAUUUUUGACCUCGUUGCUAUUGAUCAAUGGAUAUCAAUAUAUAUUUUCUGUGUUUAAAAUGGGAACCAUGGGAUAUAGCAAUAAGGGAGAUGUACAGGUAUGUUGUGACUGGCUGUGUUUACCAGGCACUGUGCUAUCAGCACGACCAGCGCUGUCCAGUAACAAUGUGGAUGAUGAGGGGGGGGGACAAAGCAUAAAUGGGGUUGUUGAUAAGCACACAUACUGGAUAAUAUUAAAAAGGUAUCGAAUAAAAUAUAAGGAACAACUGC